AUGGACGAGAUAAAUGUGGAAUUGGUGAUUGCUGCGAUCAAUGAAUUUUAUACAACUGUUGAUGAGCAACGAAGGCAUGAUUUAGAUGGAAUAUUGUGUAAAUUUAAAAGUGGUGAGUUUGUUGGCUCAAAAAUUGUUUUUUUUUGUGAGAAGUCCAGAUUUAAAAAAAUUUUUAGUCAAAAAUGAUUUUUUGAAGUUUUUUCAAAAAUACAUUCCAUCUCUUAAUUCCUAAAUUUUCAGACUAUAAUUGUUUGCCAACAGUUGUGACAUGUAUGCGAAUGAUCAGCUCAUCGGAAAGCUCACCAAAUGUUCGAUAUUUUGCCACUGUUUGUUUGUAUGAUGUUAUUCGAUUGAGAAGCGAUGAAUGUGUUUCCGAUCCCACUAUUGUGAGUUAACAUUUUCACAGAAAAUAAUCCAAUUCACCACGUUUUUUUUCCAGCAAAUCAGUGUCAAAUCAUUUCUAAUCGAAAGUCUAACAUCUGGAACAUAUUCACAAACCCAAUCAGUUCUCAAUAAAUUAUCAUCAACUCUUGCAAUUCUCUCACUUUAUUGUAUACCUGAUUUAUGGACAGAACCUGUCGCGGAUUUAACAUCACUUUGGGCGCCAACACCGGAAUUAUUAUUGAAGUAGGGAAUUAUUUUCGAAAGUCAUGAAUAUUGGUUUUUCUUGCAGAGUUUUAUCAGAUAUUGCUGCUGAAUUUUCAAAUGUUACAAUGCCACUUGCACAAAGAAGUAAAUUGAAAACGGAAUUGCAUAGGAUUUCCAACGUGAGAUCUAGACUUUUCAUUUUUGACCUUCAGACUAUUUCUCAAUUUUUUGCAGGACAUAAUCAAAAUAAUUUGGACAGUUCUUUCAUGCGGCGAUGCAACUGCUUCUACAAAACGAGCAGCUGUUGAUUGUGUUGAACAAUGGAUUCGUCUACCGGGAGUUGCUCUUGAAAAUUGGUCGAAUGUUUUGUCGAUUGUGUUGGAAUCUGUGGCCAAAGAUUGGUAAGAGCAAUUUUUUUGAGGAAAAUAUGAGCCUGUUUUUUGUAGGGGAAGAAUUUUGAUGGUUUCAAGAGGGUUAACAUCAUAUCCAGGAUUAUAAUUAAAAUAAUUUUUGAAAUAAUAAUUUCAACCCUUUAGGCUUGUAUUCAUAUAAAAAUCUAGAAUUGUAUUCCAGCACCGCGCUAACAAAUUUGCUCUCAAUUCUUUCCGAAAACGACGAACUUUCAAAUAUGGGACCACUUGUCAUGGAUAUUUGCAAAUAUAUAAUUGUAAAUGUCUCGCAAAAAGUUGGCGAAGAAUUGAAAGAAGAUGGAUGUAGUGAAGAAGUAUCUAGUCUAGUCUCAGCCACGUGUUGUUUAGCUGAAAGAGCUGUGCAAACUUUAGUUGAAGUUUCGAGUCAAGCUGGAAAUGUCGAAUUAUUGACGUGGGUUUUAUUUAGGCAAGCGGGAAAAGGAGUUAGCAUUUAUUAACAACAAAAAACUCCAAGAAAAUAUUAUUUCCUGAAAUGCUUCCCUUUUUUCCAGAAAAAUGUUGGAUUUUAUGCAAGCCUUAUCCACUUUACCUGGAAUUUAUCCAAUCGAUGAAAUUGUUUCUGAUCUACCAGUUGUUUUUCUAACAACAUUGAGAGAAGAAGUUGUCAGUUCAAUGAGUUCGCAAUCAAAAAAGAAUUGGAGUUUAGUUGUUGAGAAUGUGGCACCAUUUUAUGCCCAAAUAUUAUGUUCAUCGAUUGAAAAGUUAUCUUAUCCUGAAGCCAAUAUAUUUGAGAGAUAUUCGAAAGAAGAUCAGGAUUUAUUUGAUGAAUAUCGAACAACAAGAAGUGAAGUUUCAGUUGAUUCGUAUUUGCUUUCGGGAAGUCAAACUUUGGCUUUUUUGAAUACAAAAUUGGAGGAAUCUUUGACUGCAAAUUUGAAUUAUAAUAGGUAAUUUUUUCUGCAUUUUUCAUUAGGAGAGUUACUUUAGAUUAUUCCGGUGCAAGAAUUUUUAUCUGAAAAAUCCUUGGAUGAUUUUGGCCUCAAAAUUUUGUACUGUAAUUUUUAGAGUAACUAUGGAUAAUUAAAAUUAUCUGCACAUAAUUAUUUUUUCAAAAUUUCAGAUCUGAAGCCAUAUUAUAUCUAUGGGAAUGUGUUGGCGAUUAUACAAAUGAAAAAGAUUACCCAAAUAUUCUGAAUUUUCUUCAAAUCGUAGUCCAACACUUCAAAAUCUCACCUGAAACUGCGCUAAUAAAUCGAGAUCAAAUUCGACGAGCCAACACAAUUAUGAAAGUUCUCUACACAUUAUCCCAUUUAAUUCAAGCACACGAUGAAGUUAUUCAAUUGGAAAUUGCAAUUAUUCCAGUGAUUUUGAGCUAUUUGGAAAGAUUAGAAAAUCCGAAACAAGUUUUGAUAACUCUUGAAAAGUUUCUAGAAGAUCGAAGUGAUUGUUUGAAUAAUAUUGGUGAUUCGAUUCUUUCGACUUGUUAUAACUUUUUUAAUAAUUCGAAUAAUUGGAAAUAUCAUCGAUUGACAGCUUUGAAAUGUAUUGGAUAUGUUUUAUCAAAAAAGAAAUCGAGUGAAACUAUGGAUAUUAUUUAUCGAAUAUUGAAUGAGCAUAUUACAAAAGAUGAUGUUGAGGAAUAUUCAUUUAGUGUAAAUAUAUUCAGCUCACUUUUUACAAGUUUGCGCAAAAAACAGGAUUCAAAUCGAAAUGAUCAAGAAGAAGAAGAUCCAGCGAUUGUUAUAAUCCUUCGAGAAGCUAUUCCAGUUUUCGAAAGAAUUUAUAAUCAACAAAACGAUUUUCGAUUAAUUGGUGAUAUUUGUGAAGCAGUGAGAAAUGGAUUAACAAGUUUGCCUGAUAAAUAUAUUCCCGAUUUUUUCCCGUUCGUUGUUCAACUUCUCAAUUCUGCUCUUUUUAUAAAUGCACAAAGUGCUUGUUCAUUGGCGAAAUCAGCGGUUUUACAAUGUGGAUCACUUGUUGGAAUUGAACUUGCGAAUUCGAUAGCUGGUUGGUGUUCGUUAUUUGAGCAACGAGUGGAUGAUGCACAGAUGGAGGAAUGGUUGGCACUUUUGUAUCAGGUAUUUUUGUUUUGGGACUAUUUUUCAUCUAUGCAACUCGAUUUUAGGUUCUUUUCUGGGCCUGGAAUCCGAUUUCUUGCUUUUCGAGCUCAAUUUGGCUAUUUAUAACCCCAAAUUUAAUUUUUUUUUUUGGUUUUUGAUAUCUUUAGUUCGUCACUCAGAUUUCUAGAAACCAUUUCUCGCAUUUUUUGAAUCCUAAUUAUAAAUAUUAAUUGCAGGUCUUCAAAAAAGAUUGGAAAACAAUUCGGAAAUUCGAAGAACCUUUUAUCAAUGCGAUAAAAUCGGCGCUGAAUAUUUGCUCAUAUGUAAUUACAAUUUUUUUUGGGAAAUCUUUAAUCUGAAAUUUUCAAAUUUUCAGACAAUAGUUCAUUCUGCGGAACCUGCAGUUGUUCGAACUGCUUCUCAAACCCUUGCUUGUAUUGCAUCACAAACCACUAUAAACGACGACAACAUUGUCAAAGAUAUCCUCGCAAAACACGGCGAAAAUCUAGUCAAAACAAUAUUUGUGCGAGUUCAAGGCGAAUUAAUGCGACAAACAGUCGAAUCGCUUGCCGAAGUGCUUUUCUUCUAUUUCAAACAAUUCACUACAGAAACACGACAAGUUAUUCUAAAUGAACCAUAUGGAAAUACACCGCUUGUUGCUGCAAUGUUUCGAGAUAUUGGAAAUUUGAGGAAUUUCAAGCAGAUGACAUUGCGAUUUAAUUGUGCCACUUUGAAUGAUCGAGCCACUUCUACUUCUAGAUAG